AUGGCUGAUCGCUACUCCUUUUCUCUGACCACGUUCUCCCCCAGCGGAAAGCUGGUUCAGAUUGAAUAUGCCUUGAACGCUGUCAACCAGGGUGUAACUGCUCUGGGCAUCAAAGCUACCAACGGAAUUGUUCUGGCAACCGAAAAGAAAGCGAACUCGCCUCUCAUUGACCCACCUUCCCUCUCCAAGAUCUCCCUGAUCACACCCGACAUCGGCAUGGUCUACGCCGGAAUGGGCCCAGAUUACCGUGUGCUCGUGGACCGGGCCCGCAAGGUUUCUCACACUGGCUACAAGCGCAUCUAUAACGAAUACCCCCCUACCCGGAUAUUAGUGCAGGACGUUGCCCGAGUUGUUCAAGAAGCGACUCAGUCUGGUGGUGUCCGACCGUACGGUGUCAGCUUGUUGAUUGCUGGCUGGGACGAGGGCGUUGAGCCUGAAUCGGGGGAGGCUCAGCGGGGUGAUGGCGAGGACGAGCCUAAGAAAGCAACCGGCAAGACGGGUGGUAUCUUGAAGGGCGGCCCCAGUUUGUACCAGGUCGACCCCAGUGGCAGUUACUAUCCGUGGAAGGCCACGGCCAUCGGAAGACAUGCGACGAGUGCAAAGACAUUCCUUGAGAAACGUUACACCGAAGGUCUCGAGCUGGAAGAUGCCAUUCACAUUGCUCUCCUGACUUUGAAGGAGACUAUUGAGGGAGAGAUGAACGGUGAUACGAUAGAAAUUGGCAUUGUUGGCCCUCCUGCCGAUCAUCUGCUUGGUUAUGAGGGUGUUGAAGGAUCGCGCGGACCCCGUUUCAGGAAGCUGAGUAAGGAGGAGAUUGAGGACUAUCUCACCAACCUAUGA